CAGGAAGUGAGUCGAGUGGGAUGGGGAAAAGAGGCGACAAUGGUAAAAAGGGGGACGAACACGCCCGUCCUGAAACAAAAAUAAGUGAACGGAAUGCCAACGUUACGUGAACCAAAUCCACGUAGGGAGACUACAUCACUAAAUUCUCAUCCAGUGUCUGCGCUUUUGUCAUCAUCUCAAUUCAACAACAUAUUUCCAAUGGAAUGGAACAUAAUGUAUUCUCAACUAAUUUGUUAAAUGUUGCCUUUAUGUUCAGACCCCACCAAACAAGCCAAUUUAAAAAUAGUGAGGGCAAGGACCUCACCUUUGCUGAAAGGUGUGUCCCUCACAAUCAUUCAAACUGGCUUUUGUUGACAUUUCUCAUUAGUAUACCAUACCAAUAUGGCUAUGCAAGAGCCAGGCCGGACCAGAGGCUUUUCGCGUAGGCAGUUUGGUGUAGAAUUUGCGAAUAUGGCCAGUAUUUUGGAUCAGACAGACGGUUAUUAUCAAUCAGAGGAGGACCGCAAGUUUAAAUGUGAGGAAUGUGGGCGGGGCUACAGGCAUGCUGGUAGUUUGGCUAACCAUAGAAAAACCCAUGAGGUUGGCUCAUUUCAGUGUCACAUAUGCUCCAGGAAGCUCUCGAAUGCUUUGGCUUUGAAGAGCCAUUUGCGCAUCCACACGUCUAGGAAGAAAUAUUCCUGUACGUUAUGUGGAAAGGCUUUUCGUCUGGCAACUCAGCUGGCCACACAUCAAAAGGUCCAUCGCAAUAAAGAGUCUCAAGUGAGGACCAGAACAAAGGAUUAUGCUGAAAGUCAUAUGGAAAACGAUUACAAAGUGGAGGAUUUGCCACAUCUCGAUGAGGUGGAUUUUGAUAUACCAGAUCUGCAACCAGACAUGAAGCUGAAUAUUGCUCCUAUGAGCAGCCUUAGUAAUGGUGCUGUAUCGGAACAUGUCCCAAACUCCACGCCAGGAAGUGACACGGCGGCUGAUGAUGAUGGGGACAGGCCAUUUAAAUGCGAAUUGUGUGACAAGACAUACAGACAUCAUGGAAGCCUGAUUAAUCAUAAAAAAACUCACCAAAUGGGAGUAUUCGAGUGUCCCGUCUGCUUUAAACAAUUGAACAAUCUUGCCGCCCUUAGUAGCCAUCAGCGAAUCCACAGUAAAACCAGAGGUCGUCCUAGUGCUCAAACAUCUAAAGCUGCCCUUCCCGACUGCAAACCAGAGCUUGCCACUCAUGUUAUGCCACAAAACGGUGACGCUAAUGUACAUUUUUGUCACCUCUGUCAGGUUGCAUUUCCUAAUGAUGAUGAGUUCCAAAAUCAUAUUCUGUUGCACAACUCCUCAUCUGUGUCCUUUCAGUUACCUACGAGGCUGUCAGAGGAGCACAGUUUUACUUACAAUGAUAGUGUUACUCAUUCCUCAGAGUCUAAUCCCUAUCCCCCCUCCAGUGACACUCCACCAUUGCCUCCAUUACUUAACAAAGCUGUUGAUUUUGACCAAUCAGAGGGGCCAAUGGAAAAUGGUAACAUAUAUGUACCCAAUCCUUUAGAGGAGGAUUCAUUGACUAUUCAUGCUCAGGGACAGCCGAUGGCCCUACCAUCAGACAACCUCAGUCAGUCAGCACAGGGUACUGAUAACAUCAAAGUAGAAGAUGCUGACAGUUCCGAUCGGCGCUUCAAGUGCCACAUCUGUGGCAAAAGCUACAGGCAUGCAGGUAGUCUCAUAAAUCACAAACGCUCCCAUCAAACCGGGAUCUUUCAGUGUACCAUAUGCCGCAAGAAUUACCCUCAUCUGGCGGCUCUGCGAAGCCACCUUCGGAUACAUAAAGGAAAACCACCUUUGUCUGCUAGUACCGAGGGUGACUGGCUUUCUUCAGAGCCCCUGACGCAUGAAAACCAGCAGGGCUGCUUUCAGUCACAUGAGGGAGAUGUAAGCGGGAUGUUAGGCCUUUCUCAGGAUCUGAUAGACUCUGUGCAAAAUGCAUCUGACGAAGAGCAAGUGAACGAAACGAAUGCUACUGAAUUUUGUGAGCAGUUUGACGAUUCCUUCUCAGCGGACAGACCAGUGCACCUACCUCAGGAUGAAAACCUCAUGGAGAGGCAUAUGUGUGCAGACUGUGGAAAAACAUUUACUGAUAUUGCAGGAAUCAAGUCGCACAUGUGUCCCCUUCUGAAUCAGCAGUAUCAGACCCCGGGGAGCGUCACGUCCGAUCACAUGGACUUUCACAAUGCAUCCCAUCAAGAUUUCUUAGGACAGCCAGAGGAGCAUAUUGGUUUUGAGGAACACGGUAGCACUGAGGCCUACUUCAAUGAGCAGACCUUUCAUGACACCAUGCACAUGAGUGACAGCGAAGAAGAGGCUCAGAGCGAAGACGCAGAUGAAGAGGAUGAUGGAGAGAUGUAUCAGUGCUCAGUUUGUGGAAAUCACUACGCUAGCUUGCGUGAUUUACGUAGCCAUCUGCGAGGUCACACUCAGAGUGAUGGCACACCUACAACGUCCGGCAUUUCAUCAUUGUCCUCUAUUGAGGUAAAGCAAGAUGAACCUAUCGACAAUCCGCAGGUUGAUGUCAGUCUGAUCAUCUGCAGCACUUGUGGAGAGAGCUUUGCAACAAAACAAGACCUAGAAGCCCACCAGCUCUUGCAUGUCAAUGUAAAAAGUGAUCCACCAGAACAAAAUUCAAUAGACAGCCAGCAUGAGCUCAAGCCAAAAGUUGAAGUCGAAAGUAUUAUUUGUGAGAAAUGCGGUAUAAGCAGCUGUGACCUUUAUCAUCUUAAUAACUGCACAGGACAAAGAGACGAGCAAGAGGAGGAAAAAUGUGAAGAGAAACCACUUCUUAGAAGCACAUUUAAUCGUAGAUUUUUACAGGAGAGCCAACGUGAUGGAGAGCGACAGUACAAGUGUGACCAAUGUGGUCGUUCGUACAGACAUGCCGGGUCUCUGCUUAAUCAUAAGAAGUCUCACAAUACCGGGGUGUUUCGCUGUUUUGUCUGCCAAAAGCGUUUUUAUAAUUUACUGGCCCUCAAGAACCACCAGAGGACACACUUUGACGUUAAAAAGCAUAGUUGCACAGAAUGUGGGAAAGCAUUUAAAAUCCAUAAACAACUUCUGAACCACCAGAGGGUCCAUCAGGAAAACAAGGCUAAGAUCGAGGAGCUCAACAGACAAAUUCAAACACUCAUGGAAAUGAGCGGGAAUGCCUCAGGGAAUGGACAGCAGCCUCUUAAUUCCAACAGAAGGAGAAUCAGCAGGCGACGUAAGCAGCGACAUGCUCUAAGCACCGAUUCCCACUGCCAAGAAAAAGAAGGCGUCUUGGGAGAUCCCAAUGAUCCACGCCCCUAUGUCUGUGAUCAGUGUGGAAGAAGCUAUCGCCAUGCAGGAAGCUUGGUUAACCACAAGAACUCACAUAAGACGGGUGAAUAUUACUGUGCCCUGUGCAACAACACUUACUCCAACCAGUUAGCAAUGAAGAACCAUUUACGAAUACACUUUUCGGUCCGAAGACACCGCUGCCAAGACUGUGGGAAGGCAUUCAGGGGACACAAACAGUUAGUCAACCACUCCUGUUCGACCCAUAAAAAAAAUCGAGCAAGAGGAAAGGUCAGGGGUCACAAGCAAGACAAAGAUUUAAAAUGCAAGAGCUGCCUUUUAGUGUUUCCUGAUGCUGAGUUGCUUCUAGGACAUGGCUGUACCAAUGAGGCUGGCUCAAAAUCUGCACCUCCAGGCAGUGCAGAUGCUGGGAGCGGUAGCGCACCCUUUAUAAAGGAAGAACGACCGUUUAAGUGUAACAUUUGUGGCCGAAGCUACCGUCACGCAGGUAGCUUGCUGAACCAUAAGAAUACUCACAAAACAGGCCAUUUCACCUGCUCCUUUUGUGCCAAGCCUUUCUCCAACCCCAUGGCUUUAAGAAACCACACUCGCAUUCACACACAGAAGAAAAAGUACGUCUGUCCUACCUGCGGCAAAGCUUUCCGUCUCUCUAGUAUCCUCUACAACCAUCAAAAAAUCCAUUCCAGAGGAAUUUCUCAUUACAGCUGUCAAACAUGUGGCAAAAGCUUUCAAGGAAGGUCUGGGCUAAAGAGGCAUCGCUGUUACCGAAAUGGCAAUCCUAAUCCGACUGUCAGUCAAGACAGUGGGGACAAAUGCUAUACAUGUGAUCAGUGUGGGCGCUCUUACAGACAUGCUGGUUCCCUCCUCAACCACAAGAAGACUCAUUCAGCUGACCUUCUUAACUGCACCCUUUGCCUUAAAACCUUCACUAACCCUCUGGAUUUAGAGAGCCACACACAAAUGGCUCGCCACUGCUGCCCAGAUUGUGGGAAAACCUUCUGCGAGUUCGCACAUCUGCAGAGCCACGUGGAGGUGCAUAGCAAGGGUCUCCCUUACUACUGCAACCCGUGUCAGCAGAACUUUCCAAACCUAGCAAGUUUUCAGCAGCACCAGGAGCUCCAUAUCAAUUUGCAGGGGCAGUCACAUGAUCAGCAAGGUAUGCAGAUGCAACAGGAUUUGGGAUGGGACUCCACAUUGGACCAACAGAUAGAAAUUCAGAGCCUUCCAAAGAUCGAGUCUGCCUUCAGCCGAGUACACAGGUUUCAAGAGACCCAAGACCAGCAAGAAAGCAGUGAAGCAUACAGUACGGAGGAGAAGAGUCACGUCUGUGAGCAUUGUGGGCGUACAUAUCGCCACGCUGGUUCGCUGCUCAACCACAAGAACAGUCACAAGACCGGAUCCUUCUUCUGCUCGGUCUGCCAAAAGGAGUUCACCAAUCUGAUGGCACUGAAGAAUCACCGGCGCAUUCACACAGAGCCCAAACGCUAUCAGUGCCUGGAGUGUGGCAAGGCCUUCCGGGUCUCCACCCAACUUAUCUGUCACAGGCGCAUCCACACCAAAGAGAAGCCGUUCUCCUGCCACCUCUGUGACAAGUGUUUCUCCAGCAAGUCAAACCUCCGACAUCAUCAAAAAAUGCAUCAGAACAACCAACAGACCUAUGAGUCCCCCUUCAAUGCAUUGGAUGAUAAUGCAUUCAUGGGACUGGGUGUGGACCCUUUCCUCUGAGGCCACACUCGAAUCGAGUUGCUCCAGGAGAAGAUUUCAAAACAAUAUUCUUUUGCAAGACUUUUACUCCACCCAAGGCCAAAUGCCAAUAAUCGCAAAACGUCAGGUUUUCUGCUGUACUUGGCAAGAUGGCGUCACAUGCAGAUGCUCGUCUUGCCUCCUCUACUGUUGCAUUUUCAAAAAUUGUACAGACUUGAGACUGGCAUUGAUAAGAUACUACCUCUGGUAGGGACAGUAAUACUGUAGGAAUUUUAGAAUAAGUGACAGUGCCUGUCAGAUUUCCCACACAAAACCACGGUAAUUGUACGGUACUACGACAGGUCUCGGAUUACGGGCUUGGAUGAGUUUUUUUAUCCAGGGUCUUAUUUAGCGAUGCCUUUAAGAUAAGAGUCCGACCGAUUGUUUGGAUGAUAUCGAGCAAAACUUAGUAGGAGGGGAAACAGAACAAGCAUUGCCUUUCAAGUUGGCAAUAAGUUAAUAAAUGUUUUAUUAUGUUUGUAUUAAGAGCUUCCAUAUUUUUAUGUUAUUGUACUGCUUAUGGUAUAUCACUUCAUUGUCUCUUUAAGACCAAUGUACACUGCAGUUUCUCUAUGGAUGGCACUGGUUAGGCUGUUGAACAGAGGUCUGUGCUGUAGAAAAUCAAAUAUAUUUAUUUAUUUAAAAAUAACUAUUUAUACAUUACAUUAAUAUUUGAAAGUUAGGCAUUUUUUGUCUUUAUCACUGUUAAAUGUGGUACAUGUGGUUAUGCAUGCAUGAGUAAGGCGUGUGCUAAAAACUGUUUUCGUUGAUUAUUAGGUAUUUUAAAUGAUGUUAAGAACAUGUAAGAAAUACCUCUUUAAAAACAUUCACAGCAGUAUAUCCGAAAGAACAACAAAAGAUUUUUUCAUCUCAAACUUUUUAAAAAAAUGUUUUAGCAGUCUUUACUAAAAAUGUUUAGAGCACAAAAAGUAACGGAUCCACAAAUCCACGAUCGGUCGGGCUCUAUUAGGGCAGGAAUUCACAGACUGAACACUUUUCAACAAAUUUUUUUUUUUAAGAUGCUCAGGUCUCACAUCUUAUAAGACGCAAUGUAAGAAGAUGCAACACAUUUACCUUGAUGUCUCUCACAUCAAGAUCUGUAUGUUUUUGAUGCCAGAUUGAAUUGAAAUGUGCCAUUUGCCCUGUUCAGAUUAAAUAAUUUGUAAAAUAGUUUCCAUUUAAGCCUAUAGAUCAUUGGUUACUGGUUGUUUAAGAAAAGAAGUUGCAAACCUUCAUGUAUUAAUGGAUUCAUCACAUCAGAUAAGAGAACUGAGAUCUGAAUCUUCUGCAAUCGGUUACAUAUAUCCUAAACAAAUACAAGAUAUUUAUUUUUGUUUACACGGUCAAUGUUUCUCUUACUCAACAAGGACCUUGAUAAGCUGACGCUGUUCAUUUGUAGGUAUUAAUGCCCUCACGUUCUUCAACAUAAUAAACACAAUGUAACAAUGUU